CAAAGAUAAAACCAGGUACAAGUGUACCAGUUAUCGAUAAAUGCGCUUCAGAAGUAAAGGCAUUACAAAUCGGGUUGGUUCGAUCACAGAUAUCUGAAUUUCAACGUAAGAAUGUUUUAGAGCUUUCAGUCAUUGCUUAUUGUUUUAAUUUAUGUGGAGUUAUGAAAGUCAUAGUUGCUUUAGUUAGUCACGGCCACGGUAUAGAUAAGUAAGUCAGUAAGUAGUUAGGGUGACCAAACUUCCCGUAAAAACUGGAUUGUCCCGUUUUUUUCACGAUCGUACCCGGUGUCCCGAAAAAGUCUAUCAGGACGCCUAAAUGUCCCGUUUCUAAAACCAAACACAUUUACAAAUCACUAAAACUUCCUAAUUCAUAAUAUAACUUUUAAGUAAUAUUUUGACUAGCUGUGUAGCCAGUAGUGAUGUGGGCUUGCGCGAUUGUUGUAUUUAAUUUGUUGUGUUGUAUUAUGUUGUAAAAUAUGGGGAAUCCUCCAAAGUCCGGUCCCAAAUUAUUUCCAAUGAUUACUCCUUACUUAAAAGUCUUGAGCAUCAUUCUGUUUUGAAAUUCAUGUUUGCGUUAGUGGACGAUGUUGGAUGGAGGCUGUCGGCCGUCGCGAUGCACAAACACGAGAGCAUUAUUCAUUAUCACUAAUCAGACUAAUCAGAAUAGUAAUCAUGUGUUGCCAGGGACAACUAUCGUCACUGACACUUGGCGAGGAUAUCAAAAUGUCGCUCAGCUCAACAACAGGAUUCAUGCUCACACUCGCACUGUCAUUGUGCACGCGCCUGAAUUUGUUGACCCAGUAGACAGUAGACCAGGACAUUCACACUUAAAUUAUUGAAAGACUUUGGAUGCAAGUGAGUGAAACGUAAACUCCGCUAUCAGAGUGGUUCUAGUCACGGUCUAUUUGCUAGCUACUUGGAGCCUUCAGUGGCGCAACAGUCACAAGCAGAACGUUUUCGGCUGCUAUUUGCAAAUGGCUAUGCGCCAAUUACAAUAUUUAGUAUUUACUGACUGGUUUGUAAAGUGACAGUUAUUUGCAAAAGCUAUGACUAACAUUUCUGCUGUUUUCUAACAAUACACACUGUGCAUUGCAAUUUUUUUCAUACGAAAUAAUUUGGGACCGGACUUUCGGAGGAUUGCCAAAAUAUGUAUAAAUAAUAAGCAUUCACUUUCACUUUAAAAUGAUAGUUUUCGUUUAUGAUAUGCCCCAGAGUUUAAAUUAAAUUUAAAAAUUGAAGGUAAUUUAAAAAAGAUUUCUAGGUCUCAAAAUAGUUAAAAUGAACAUAUUUCAACAAACAAGGAGACGAAUGAAUACUGCUUGAGUUUUCUACUGUGUUCUUUUCUUUGUUGUAUUUUCAUUUCUAUUGUUGGCUGAUGAAGGCUUUAUGCCGAAACGUCCUUGUUUUUUUUCCUGUUACCUUAUUUCAAGCUUCCACAUACCUCGUUUCACUAUUUCAUUCUUUCAACAAACAACAGUUUCCGGUGGAGCCCCUCCCCCCCCCACCAAAUCCCUCCUUGGAUGUGUCCCGUUUCUAGUUCAUGAUUUGGUCACCCUAGUAUAAGUUUAAGUUUGUCGCCAAACUAACUAAAAGUAGGGCUGUAGGGCUUAGUAGUUUGAAUUGAAAUCAAUAGAAAUAAGUUAUGUUAUAGUAAUAAUAGUAACACAAACUUGAUUGUUCAAAGUCAAGGUACCUAGCAAAGUAGCAAACCUACCGCCUUGUAGGAAGUGGAGAGAUCCACAAAGGCUAAGGAACCGUAGCCGAAAAUAAAGCAGCUACUUAGAGAACCAUUAGGGGCAGCCCCCCAGACAGUUUUGCCCACGCUGGCCAUGUAAAAAAAAUGAUAAUAAACAUUACGAAAUCAAACAACAAAACAAAACUUUGAUAUCAAGGAUUUGUAAACGCAAAGCAACAGUACAAUGAUUAAUACAAAAUAUUUGCAGUUAUUUUUAAAGACCUUUAGCAAUAUUUACACGCCAUGGAUUUCACAAAUUUUUAGGUUGCAGUUGGCUUUUUUAGAGGUAUUGUAAAGUGUCAGAAAUUCAGGAUGAUAUUAAAGGUGUUUCCUUUCUGCCCCCCCCCCCCCCUUUUUUUUUUUUCCCCCCCCCUCCCCCCUCUAAAAUCCCCAAAUUGACAUAUAAGAUAGGAUAAGAUUCUUUUAUUGAUCCAAAUAAAUGGAAAGGUUUUUUUGAUUGCAUUUUACAUUUUCAGCUCAAAAAUGUAACAAUUUGAACACAAGACAUUUAUAAUAAAUUAAUUCAAACAGCCAUUCAGUGAGUUCUCUUAGCAAAAUCGGGGGCUUAUUAGUUCUCAUUCAGAUGUGUGACUUCAGAGGAAGCAUGCCGGUAAAUUCAUACAGAUUGGGGAACAAAAGAAUUUUUAUAUCUGUCAGUCCUUGUCUUGAUGGAAAGAAUUCGUCCCGAACGGCCUGAUCCUAAGUAUCUGUGAUGCAGAGGGUGGGAUGUAUCAUCCAAAAUGUGUUUUAGUUUUGCAAAAACAUCUUUCUUCAAAUAGUUCUUCCAGUAAAGGAUGUUUAGUUUGUGUUAUGUUGCUAGCUUUCUUGACUAGUUGGUUUAUGCGGUGUUUAAUAUCAGACAUUGAAUUCCCACACCAGCAGGUAAUAUUGAAAUUAAGCAGGCUUCCAUUAGUUGCACUGUAGAAUAAGUUAACGACUUGCUUGUUUACACCGAAAUUGUACAGUUUUUUGAGGUAGAACAGUCAUUGGUUGAAUUUCUUAUACAGCAUUUGGCCGUGCUCAUGCCAUGUUAGCUUAUUAUUAAUGGUGACACCUAAGUAUUUGUAUGCCUCCACUUUCUCCACAUUUUGAUUUUUUAUGUUGAGAUCUGUAAUCUGGUGUUUCCCCCUCCUGAAAUCAACAACCAUUUCUUUAGUUUUUGAGACAUUCAACUGGAGAAAAUUUUCAUCGCACCAAUUGAUAAAUCUCGUAACUAAGUUUCGGUAUAUGCCUUCUCCUUCAGAUAUUAAACCAACAAUGGUGGUAUCAUCAGCAAAUUUUAAGAUUGGAACAGUGUCGCUUGAGCUUUGAAUAUCAUUUGUAUAUAUGGUACACAGUACAGGAGAGAGAACACAGCCUUGUGGUGCCCCGGUGCUUAUUCCUCUAGUUAGAGAUAAUUGGUUAUUUAGUUUGACAUAUUGUGGUCGAUUUGUUAAAAAGUUCAGUAUCCAAGCCUGAAUAUUUAAAUUGACACCUAACGAGGAAAGUUUCUUUAUCAUAAGGUGUGGUUGGAUAGUGUUAAAUGCUGAUGAGAAGUCUAAGAAAAGCACUCUGGCAUAUGUUUUAGGACUGUCUAGGUGAUGGUAAAGUCUCUCCAACAAUAGUAAGAUUGCGUCCUCCGUACUUCUGGCAGGCUUAUAAGCAAAUUGGUGGGGGUCAAGUUUUUGCUGUACUUCAUUCAAAAUUUCUUUCAGAAUUAUUUUCUCAAAACAUUUCAUGACAAUAGAGGUAAGUGCAACAGGUCGUAAGUCGUUGUUGCACGUUACCUUAAUUUUCUUUGGAAUUGGUAUGAUUUCUGAAGUUUUCCAAAUUGCUGGUAUUGUGUGAGUUACAUAAGAUUUAUUAAAUAUGUAACAAAAAAUGUAGGAGAGCUGCUCUGAACAUAGUUUAAUGAGCCGACCACUUAAUUUGUCUGGUCCCGAGGCUUUAGCUGCGUCCACUUGGUUAAAUAAUGACAUCACUCUCUGUUCGGUGAACAAUAAAGUACCAUCCUGUGUACUACUGCCAUCUUGAAAUGAAUUCAUCAUCUCAUUUUGCAUUCUUCCAAAGUCCAGGCUGUCAAAACGACAAUAAAAGUCAUUUAAGUUGUUAACAAAAUUUCUCACAUCCUCAACAAAUAUGCAUCAGUACGCAAAAAAUCCAAAAUCAAUAAUAUCCUUCCCUCACAGUGCAUAUGUAUUUAAUAUAGGCACCAAAAACUGCAACCAUAGGCACUGUAAUAGAUGUCCUUGUGGGAUUGAAGUUGAUAAGAUCACUUUUCCUCUGAAAUAAUCAGAAUCAAAAAUGGUUUAACUUGCACCAGCUGCAAUGUGAUUUACACCAUCCUUUGUAAAAAGUGUAGAAAAUCAUUAUGUAGGGGAGACAGGUUGUAGUCUUGUAGAUGGAUUUAGAGAACAUCUGUGCAAGAUCAUUAAACAAGCCCUUUGUUCCAUUUCUAAAAAUUUCAACAGUGCUAACCAUAAUGGAAUAUUGAACAUUGUAGGUACUAGUAUAUUGUAUGUGAGUGAUACCUGAUAGAAUUUAUAUGGAAAACAAAUUAAGAAAAAUGUUUGGUACGUUGACUCCAUACAGUAUAAACCAAAGUCAAAAUUACUACAAAGGCUGCAAUGUCUUUUUCUUGUUUGGUUUUUAUAUUGUACCUCCAUCCACUUUCUUUCUAUUCUUCUAAUCUUUGUUUUUGUUAAGGACUUGCGCCUAUUUCUUUCAUUUUUUAUGGUUAAGUAGUAUAUAAAAAUACAUUAUGUAAAUUUAAUUUAGAAAUCUAUUCCGUUUCCUGUUAUACUGAUGAAGGCAUUUGCCAAAAUGUUCAAAUUUAUACAGCCUCUAAUCAUAAUCAAAGCUGAAAAUAUAUGGUUUGAUUUACACAAAUGUAUGUGUAUCAUUAAUUUAGAUUGAAUUGAGGCUUUGUCCCAAACAAAAAAAGUCUAGAACUACUUGCAUCUUGUUGUAAAAGUUUGUUUUAAACAUAUUUAUUUCAUGUUUACAGCAGUUCUGAAAUGGAUGAAGAAGAUGAAGUAGAGUUUCCAUUUGAUUUAUCAGAGUGGAUGGUUCUUGAUGAUGAUGUUGGGGAAGCUGAAUCUAGUCCUCUGGAGCACAGUCUAGACAAUGAAGGAAAUAACACAACAACACAAUCUUCUGAAACUGUUCUUAAUGAGAGUGUCAAACCUAAAAAACAAUCACAACCUGUGACACGUGACAGCAAAGCAUCUAGUAAGACUGUUAAAGUCGCUUCUAAAAUUGACACAAAAGAGGACAGAAAUAAAGACAUAUUAGACAAGUCCUUGCAAUCAACAAAGUUACCCGUCACUUUGAGUAGCAAAUCGAACAAAAGUCCUCAUGGCUCUACAGAGUUGAAGAAUACAACAAAUUCUAGUCAUGCUUUAACAAAUGAUACUAAAGCCAAACAAGCAAGCCAGACAACACCAGCUUCUGCCAAAGCUGUCAGCGCUUCUCCCAAAGCUGUCGGCGCUUCUCCCAAAGCUGUCAUCGCUUCUCCUAAAGCCGUCAGUGUGUCUGUCAACGCUGUCAGUGCAUCUCCUAAAGCUGUCACUGCUGCUCCCAAAGUUGUCACUUCUUCUUCCAAAGCUGUCGGUGCUUCUUCAAAAGUAUUUGACUCUAGCUUGAGCGAAACCCCUGGAACACCACUAGUCACAAAAUCUGCUGGAGUUGAAUCAAAGAGUUCUUUGAGCAAAUCUCUAACAGCUUCGACAGUUACAUCAAAACAAACGGAGCAGGCGAUUGCUCAAAGCGGCUCUAGUAAAACUGAAAAUGCUUGUGUUCCAAGUACACCAUUGGCCUCAGUUACAACAUCGACGGUGAAUGUCAAUGUGAACCCUUCUGUGUCUACAAUCACUACUUCUGUGAUGGACAACUUAGCCUCUAACAUACAUGUAAAUCCAGAGGCUGUUGCUGUGAUUGCAACGCCGAGUAAGACCAGCAGUCAGCCAGCAAAUAGCCAGCCACCAAAGGCAGCUACUACUCCACUCUCUAACCAAGCUAAUUUAAAGUCAACCAGCCAGACCCAAUCAUCUGGCCCGACCAAGUCAACCAGCCAGACCCAAUCAUCUGGCCAGACCAAGUCAACCAGCCAGACCCAAUCAUCUGGCCAGACCAAGUCAAACAGCCAGACCCAAUUAUCUAGCCAAACCAAGUUAACCAGCCAGAAUCAAUCAUCUGGCCAGACCAAGUCAACCAGGCAGACCCAAUCAUCUGGCCAGACCAAGUCAACCAGCCAGACCCAAUCAUCUGGCCAUACCAAGCCAACCAGCCAGACCCAAUCAUCUGGCCAGACCAAGUCAACCAGCCAGACCCAAUCAUCUGGCCAGACCAAGUCAACCAGCCAGACCAAAUCAUCUGGCCAGACCAAGUCAACCAGCCAGACUCAAUCAUCUGGCAAGACCCAAUCAUCUGGCCAGACCCAAUCAUCAAAUUCAAUCUCUUCUCAAAAGGUUAAAACAAGUAAACCGGAUAGCUCAGAGCUAGAAAAUCUGAAUGAUUCAAGACCAGAGAUCAAAUCUGCUUCAAAGUCAGAAAAUACUGUAACUAAGGAAGCACCAAGCAAGUCAGAAUCUGCAAUUAGAAGUAAACAAGAAACCACAGACACUUCUCAUUCAGUCAGAACCCCUUCUGAUAAAUCCACAAAAACGCUGUUAAAACCAGCUUUGACACACCCUGCAAACACAUCAUCCAUUUCAAGUGUAAACCCAAUAGAGUCAACUCCACAAAAUGUAGCCACCGCAGCCAUCUCUCUUUCACAGCCAUCUGUCAGUAACUCUCAAGAAAAGAGCAUUGCCCCAAGUGGCAACACAGAACUCUCCAGUUCUACCAUCAGCCAGACUACUGAAAUGGUUAUCACUCCAGUGGUGACUACCAAGUCAUCUUCCAACUUACCUAGUGUAGCCCCUCAGAAAAUAUCAGCGUCACACCAGCCGCACACUGCACACACACCCAAGCUAAAUGUACAAAAGCAUGCUAAGGUUGACACUGAGAGCAUAGCGGCAGUCAUGGAAGCAGUGGACAAGUUCAAUGUGGAAUCUGGUCGCCAACAGUCCUUUGAUUUUGAUGGCUCUGAUAUCUCAGAUACUGAGUUAGAUGACAUCAUCAAUCUUGAAGUCCAACAAAAGAUUGCCGCUGGAGGCAAAAGGGAAAGAACUGAAACUAAAUCAGAACCGGCCAAAAAAAGAUUAAAAGUUGAUGAAGUUGUGGUCUCACCUCAUCCAGGAGCUCCUGACAUUGUGACAAGACCAGAUGCUAAGAAGAUGCAGGUGCCUGCUGGUAGUCCAAGCAGUAUCAGAAAAGAAAAAACUGAAACUCUGGUCAUGGAAAAGGUGAAGCCUGAAAGUAAAACUAAAGUGGAGGUCAUGGCAUCAACCCCGAUGAUCACCAACACACCCGGUCCAUCUUUGUCAGAGACGCCCUUGAGUCAGGUCCCCACUUCAGCUAUGUCCAAGCGUAUCAUACGCAGAUUUCAUAGAUCAACUCAGACGACCAUCAAAGAAACAGAGAAUAAGCAGUUGCAGUGCAUUAUCAGAAGUCGGGGACCAGGAGUUGGGCCCAAAACUACCGUUGAGUUAGGCGUGCAGACAGUUGGGCCAAAGAAACCAGAUUGGAGAGAUGAAAUACGGCAUCUUAAACUUGUACCAGACACAGUCAAUCUAGAGGUCUUCAAAAUCGUUUCUGGUUUUGAUAUCAAUAGAGGUCUGGAAAAUAUUACUUCAGGUAUUUUGACAGUAUUUGUAAUGUUGACCUUGUUUAAGUCAGCGAGUUAAUGUACCAUUCACACCAUCUUUACUUCCAAUUUUUUUUUUUAUAUUCAUGUUCAAAUAAACCAAAUAAUUAUGUUCCAAUAAAAUAAUUCAACAGAAAUCUUCCACCACUGUUCAGGAAAUUAGGUUUUAAAUUCAAUUUUAUGCACUGCUCUGCACCGUGCUUUAGAUGUUGUUAUUCAACCAUUGAAAAGGUUUGCUACAUUUUAUGCAGUGUUGACAUUAGAGGACCUCAAGCCCAAACUUCCAUUUAAUUGUCCUGUCCUGUCUUUUCAAGCUUAAAAAUAUCUUGUUCCACUAUUUUAUUUGACAUGAAUAACAUAAACAAAAUAUUCUUUUGACAGUAACCUACAAAUAUGCCAUCAGCUUGGGUCACGUGAGUACAACAAAUCUUGAGAAGGGUUCAUUCAGAGAAAAUAUCCUCGUCAAGUCAGAGAGCUUCAGUUUUAUUUCCUCGGGACAAAGCAUUGGGUAAAUAUUUCAUAUUUGAGCAAAUAGAAAUAGAGCCGCUUGACAUGUGUAACCUUUGAUGGCGUUGUCUAAAUACACUUGAACUUUAUUUUUUCUUUAACAAUUUGGAUCAAGAUUUGUCAGAGUUUCUUUAUCUAAAUGGUUAACAGAUUUAUCAUUGUGUAUAUAUGUCAAUGGACUUAUUUUUAUCUAAAUAUGUAGGAUGGAUAAACUUUUUUGAGUGAUGAAGUGCAUCAUCAAAUGGACUGAAAUUAGAACUUGAUGUUAUUGUCUCAAGAACCAUUCUGUAACAUUUGGUUUCCUCUUAACACCAUUACUAGUAUAUUUUGAUUUUCUUAAGAACCAACAAUAAAAUAUAUGUAACAUGGUUGUCUCAAGUACCAACAGUACCAGAUAUACAAUGAUCACUCGUCUAGGGGGGGGGGGGGGCAGUAAGGUUCCAGAAACCCGCAUACUCUUAUGUACCUUCCCCACAUUGUUAUCAAACUUUCCAACACCCUUUUAAACACUUUCAAUGCACUAAACACUUUCUACACUCUUAAACCUACGUCUUUGUCUACUCAUCUGCUGUACACUGACACUACAUAUUUUAUUUCGAUUUAAGAUUCUUUUAAUAUGUUUUCAUUACUAUUUUUUUAAAAUUUUUAUAUUGUUUUCAUUAUUUAGACUGAAUGCUCAUUUUACAGAAAACAAAUACCUAAAAUAAUAAAUAUCUAAAAAUAUCUACAUACAGCAAAAUCCUGUGAUGUAGCAACAAAUCUGCAAUAAAAACUGAAAUAUAACUGAGAUAUAAACUGAGUAAAAAAUCUGCUAUACAGUUAGACCGCAAAAAGUGAACCUGGUAUAGAUGAGGGAUCACUGUAUACCAGAGGUGGGCAAACUUUUUGUGUGUAGGGCCACAUCGACAAAUGUAAAGCUAAUGUAAAGCAUAUAUAGUAUUUUCAAUUUUUACAUGUUGAUAAAAAUGUCUAAAUUCAUAUUUUAGCAUUACAUGACAAAAGUUUAGGACUGUUUUAAAAAAAAAGAAAAUUAGGAAGUUGAUCAAAAAUGUUAAAACAAUCAUAAAGGUAGAUUAUGAAAUUCGGUAAAAUUUAACAAAUUAAGUUAAAAACAAAGUAAUUUUUCAAAAAUGUCCUAAUGCCUUCGAGGGCGACAUAAUAUCGUUUGCUGGGCCGCAUGCGGCCCAUGGGCUGUACUUUGCACGCCCCUGCUGUAUACCAUGGUUGUCUGAAGUACAAGCAAUACUAGAUACAUGAUGGUUGUCUCAAGUACCAACAAUGAUAUUUAUACUAUGAUUGUCUAAAGUAACAACAGUGCUAUAUAUACACCAUGGUUUUCUCAAGUACCAGGAAUACAUAUGAACUAUGAUAUUCUAAAAAACUACCAAUAUUAUAUAUGUUUUGAUUGUUGCAAAAACCAACAAUUAACUUUUUUCCCUUCUAUACCUAAAUGGAUAUGAUUGAUUAACAACUAAACCUUUAAAGUGAAACUAAAAUUUCUCUAUCAGUCAGUGACUGUGGUUGGCUAUUUAGUGCCACUGUUCCCAGCUCUAAGUAAAUGUGGGGGUCAUACAAAUAUUGGAUCUUCCUGUACAGCCAGCCAGUAUGAAGCUGCUACCCUAAUAAAGUGUAAUAUGGGGAGUUUGAAGCAAUAGUAAAUAUACCAUGCAGUGUAGGGGAAAAGCUAAAAGAUAACAAAACUAAACAAAGAACAUUUGUUUAGGUAAAAAAAAGUCUUGGACAGCAGACAAAGCUGGACCUUAAGAAAAAACUUAGCUUAAAGAAUUUGUAAGUCAAAUCAAAGUACCCAGGAAAGCAUAGAAAACAAAAAGCAUGUUGAUUUGGAUGUGGAAGUUUUAUUGAAAUCAUGCACUUUGCGUUAGAGAUUAAUAGGAAAUAUUCAAUGGCUACCAUAAUGCAGUGAAGACUGCAUAGAUAAGGUUUUUAAAGAUGGAGGAUCUGAGUUAGAUAUCAUGGAAAGAAAACAGAAGGUAAGUUGGCUUUUGCUCUACCAAAUACUAUUGGGAACUCUAGGCAAAUAAUCAGAUAGGUAAAUUUAGAAUGGUAAGUUAUUUUUUGUGAAUGGUUCAGAAAGAAAUAUUAGGUAGCAAAAAAUUAAUUAAAUGAAUACAAUGCAAGUUUAAAUUAAUAAUAGUUAGAAAGAAGGAAAAGGUACUGCACUGUGAUUGGUCAUAUGCUAUAGUGUAGUGAGGUUUCAAGAGAGUUAGCACGUAAAAGAAAACAUGACAUUUAUGACAUUAAAUGUUAAAGCCCCUUACAUAUGUAUCAAUUUGUCUCCAAACUCACUCUGGCUGUCAUGGACAAUAGCUGUAAUUGACUCUUCAGUCUCACCUUUAUGGUCACUUCUAUUUAAGUUAGAUGAGAAUGAGAAGGCCCAUUGCUUGUCUUGAGCAAUGUUAUGUAGGUGCUCACUGAACCUAUCAACAAGUCACCUUCCUGUCUCUCCCACUUAGUACAUAAAGCAGCAUUUACUAACCAUUGUGUAAACAACAUUCUGGCUGAUACAAGAGAACCCAGCUCUUAUUUGAAAUAGACCCUUAAGGAAAGUCAAUUUAAUUGGUUUGAAUUUUGUAAGGACAUGUCUUACUGGGGCUAUAGCAACAUGGCUCAGUUCCAAAAAUGGGAGGGAUUGGUUUGGACCAAGAAGGUCACAUAAAUUCCUUUUAACUUUAAAGACUAUGAGACUUGGUGAUGAGAAAAUGUUGUAUGCAUGCUUGUCAGCUAGCAGAAUGGAACAAUUUUUUAAAAUAGAAAAUGUGUUUAGCAAAUUAUGAGGGUGAUAUGUGAGGAUAUGUUUAGUUCUUUCAUCAUCGGCAUGUGGUUUGAAUGCCUCAGGUCUGGUUAUAUUUUUUAUCCUUUAAAGGGCAGAUGAAAGGACUGUUUCUGGAUAACCCUACAAAGGAAAAAAAAUUAUCAGUUGAUUCAUUUUUGUCACAAAAGUCUUCAUCGGACUGACAAAGUCAGCAUUGUCGAUGCAGUAGUGUAAGGGAAUGGAGUUCCUAUAUGAUUUCGGGUGGGAGGCAGAUAUAGAUGUGGACAUAGAACACUUGUUCUGUUAUUCUGUUAGAGAUAUGUGUGUUCUACCACAUUUACUGAGUUUAUUUAACACAGUCUUGGUGUUUGUCCAAAUAUUUUACUUGUAAUUAUUUAGUAUUGAUCUGUUUAAGAUUGAUUUGAACUUAUUCUGAAAUAUUACCUGUUCAAAUGAUUAUGUAGACAUUAUUUUAAAAAGCAUUCAAAUGAUCUGCUGCGUUGGUGUGGCAGGUGAUGACAAAAGCAUGUAGUUUUUGGGUUAAUCAGAAUGGUACACAUGUAGAGACCGCUUCAUGCAGGAAUGUACAAAGGCUGACGUUCUCAUCACUUCUUUACAGUGUGGUCAAUCUUUUUUUUACGGAUAAAGAAGGACUUGUUGGUAUGAUGACUCAGAUACGGAAACUAAGAAUAGGUCAGCGCUACUUGGUGGUCACUGUGUCAGCAUCACUAGAUGAAAGUGAGAGAGAUCCUGCUUGUCCCUUGUCUGUUGUUAAAGGUAAGCCAGUAGUUUUUAAACACUUAGAUGGAAUUUGGGAAAAUGGGCUGUAGUUUUUUAAACUCUUGGGUGGACUUUGGUAAAAGGGCCAGUAGUUUUUAAACUCUUGGCCGGGGUUUGGGAAAAUGGGGUGGUUAUGUCUCAAUGAUGAGGUAAACUUUUUUUUUUAUAGUUUUCUAACUGUCUAUAAUGUAUUUACUGCUCAGUACUUACUGCUCAGUCACUGUUCUAUGUAAAUAUCAAUAUUCCAUUUUUAUUUUGACUUUUUAGCCACUGUUGUGUUUGACCAGAAUUUCUCUUCCACUGGAUUCCUCAAGUACGCUAAAGGUAAGCCCUUAGAAUAACUUCAGUGGAAAUUAUAGGUACAUUUUUGUAUAUAACAUGGCAGUUUUGCUCUAUUUAAGGUCCAGGCAGAGCAAGAUACAAAAUGUGCUUAGAAGGUUAGUGUUGUCUGCUGGUUGGCGGCUGUUGUAUGACCAGUGUCAGAUCAACCUUUAUAUCUGGAGGAAGUCACCACUUCAACAAGUGCUGAAAGAUGGAGAUUUAUGAUGACAUCAGCAAGAUACUCGACUGUGAAAUUGUAUGAAAUAUUGUGUAAUGAUGGCCUCGUGAACAGAACAGCUGCCAACAUGAUGGUACCAUGACAAGAGCUAAUGCCAUUCAAUAGCCCACCUGUUAUCGGAGAAUCCAUUGUCCUGCUGUUUGAUGGUUUCAAGAAAAUAUAUUUCUCUUAUGUACAUCUCAAUAAAUUAAAGUUUUAGACAUGACAUUGGUGAUAAGGUGAAUAUGACAAAUAAAGGUAUUGAUCUAAAAAAUCCUAGUGUGUGACAGUCCAUGAAGAAUCAGAACAGAUAAAGUAAAGAAUGUUCAACUUGAACUCACAAACAAGAAUAUCUGGUUGAAUCUGCACUGAACUAUGUACUGCAUUCCACCAUCAUUUGGAUGACACCAUCACUUGCCUGAAUGAUAUGGGCAUAUCACACUUGUGUAGGACUCCAUCACUUUCCUGUACGAUGCGGGACUCCAUCACUUGUCUGUAAGAUGUGGGACUCUAUCACUUGCCUGUAAGGUGUUUGACUCUGUCACUUGCCUGUAAGAUGUGGGACUCCAUCACUUGUCUGUCGGAUGCAGGACUCCGUCACUUGCCUGUAAGAUGUGGGACUCCAUCACUUUCCUGUACGAUGUGGGACUCCAUUACUUGCCUGUAAGAUGUGGGACUCCAUCACUUGCCUGUCAGAUGCAGGACUCCCAUCUCUUGACUGUAAGAUGCAGGGCUCCCAUCACUUGACUGUAAGAUGCGGGACUCCCAUCACUUGACUGUAAGAUGUGGACUCCCAUCACUUGACUGUAAUAUGCGGGACUCCAUCACUUGACUGUAAGAUGUGGGACUCCAUCACUUGACUGUAAGAUGUGGACUCCCAACACUUCACUGUAAGAUGCGGGACUCCCAUCACUUGACUGUAAGAUGCGGGACUCCCAUCACUUGACUGAAAGAUGUGGGACUCCAUCACUUGUCUGUAAGAUGAAGGACUCCAUCACUUUUCUAUAAGAUGUGGACAUGGGUCACUUGUUCUGUUAGAGAUAUGGAUGUUCUACCAUAUUUACUGAGUUUAUUUAACACAGUCUUGGUGUUUGUCCAAAUAUUUUGCUUGUAAUUAUCUAGUAUUGAUCUCUUUAAGAUUGAUUUGAACUUAUCCUCUGUCCAACUGAGUUACAGUUAUGAUGAUGUAGACAUUACUAACUUGUCUCACAGUAAUAGAUUUAUGAAAAUGUUUAUCAAAAUUUUAAGUCUCCUCACAGCAUUGAUGUUUUAAUCAAACAAAAGUUUAGUUUAUCUGUUGCUGACAUUUAGCAGGCUUGGGAAGUCAAUGACAUCAAGAAGCCAAGUCAAUGAUAUCAAGAAGCCACUAUGAGAUUGUUGGACUUGAUCAAGACACCUCAGAGAGAUGGUUGGACUUGAUCAAGACACCUCAGAGAGAUGGUUUGACUUGAUCAAGACACCUCAGAGAGAUGGUUUGACUUGAUCAAGACACCUCAGAGAGAUGGUUUGACUUGAUCAAGACACCUCAGAGAGAGGGUUUGACUUGAUCAAGACACCUCAGAGAGAUGGUUUGACUUGAUCAAGACACCUCAGAGAGAUUGCUUGACCUAACCAAGAAACAUGCUGAUCAUGCAGAGUGCCAUAGUAUCUAUAAAACAUUCCAAUUGUUUUAUUCUCAGAGAUUUUGGUAUGAAACAUUUGACCUUGACCUGCAUGUCAAUGUGUAAAUGGCAGGUUGGAUUAAGUUUAGCUUCCUAUUCUGUGAUAGUGUACAACAUUUGGUCUACAGGUCUUCAUUGCUGUUUAGUGUGCAAAAUUUGGUCUACAGAUCUUCAUUGCUGUCUAGUGUACAACAUUUGGUCUACAGAUCUUCAUUGCUGUCUCGAGUACAACAUUUGGUCUACAGGUCUUCAUUGCUGUCUAGUGUACAACAUUUAGUCUACAGGUCUUCAUUGCUGUCUAGUGUACAACAUUUGGUCUACAGGUCUUCAUUGCUGUUUAGAGUACAACAUUUGGUCUACAGAUCUUCAUUGCUGUCAAGAGUACAAAAUUUGGUCUACAGAUCUUCAUUGAUGUAAUUUCAUGUCCAUGGGAAAUAAGUGUCAUCCUGACAUCAGCAAGUUUUUUUAAAAAGACGAAAUAUGACAAGAGCACUAUCUACGUGGAGCUUAUUUCAUAGCCUACAACCACAGCUCCUUUAUUCACAGCUACCGUCUAUACCUCUAGGAGAUGACAACAGCUAAAUUGUAAUGAAGAUAUAUUUAUCAUACAGAGCAGAAGACGACAGCUAAGUAUAAUACAGAUAUACUUGCCAUACAGAACAGAAGAUGAAGUGUUACAAUAAAGUACAUGAGAAGAAAACAUUGAUGAAUUUGCUGAAUUGCAAGCUUUCUUUUAAAGGAGUUAAAGAACAUACAAUAUUUGUGUACAAUAAUCUCAUUUUUUAUUUAGCUCAUCUUGUCAACAUCCAUAACUUGACAACAAAACAAGCUCAAGCCAACUUUCCUCAAGCCGCAUGUCCUCAAGCCACAUGUCCUCAAGCCACAUGUCCUCAAGCCACAUGUCCUCAAGUCACAUGUCCUCAAGCCACAUGUCCUCAAGCCACAUGUCCUCAAGCCACAUGUCCUCAAGCCACAUGUCCUCAAGCCACAUGUCCUCAAGCCACAUGUCCUCAAGCCACAUGUCCUCAAGUCACAAGUCCUCAAGCUACAUGUCUAUAGCUUUAUGUAUUUUACACAUCUCAAGUGUAUUAUAAAACAGAUUGUGUAAAGGAAUUUUUUUUUUUUUUGGUUAUCGCUUGCUAGACCUAUUUUGAGUGUCAUAUUUCAAGAUGGCAUCCUAUUGUUAAUCAGUCAACUGUAUGUGGUCAUUGUUCAGGUCCUUGGAUCAGGGGCUUUCAGGCAAACAUGAGGACAGUAGAUAGUAAAUAUUUAGUACCAUUGGUUAUUUAUGAUAACCUUGCAUUCUCAUGACCUUCUGUUUGAUCAAGGUCAGUCAGUGCAAAAUUAUUGUCAGACCAGUCAAUAUUCUGACCUUCUGUUUGAUCAAGGUCAGUCAGUGCAAAACCAUUGUCAUGACCAGUCAAUGUUCUGACCUUCUGUUUGAUCAAGAUCAGUCAGUGCAAAAUUAUUGUCAUGACCAGUCAAUGUUAUGACCUUCUGUUUGAUCAAGAUCAGCGCAAACCAGUUUUAUGACUUGGUGUUUGUUCAAGGUCAGUGUCAGUCAAUGCCAUGACCUGAUGAUUGAUCAAGAUUAGUGCAAAACAAUGCCAUGACCUUCUGUUUUAUCAAGCUAAGGGCAAAAAGAGUGUCAUGAACUUCUGAUUGAUCAAGGUCAGUGCAAAGCAAUAUCAUGACCUUCUAAUUGAGCAGUUCAGUUUCAGUCAAUGUUUUACCUUCUGUUUGAUCAAUAUCAAUGCAAAACCAAUGUCGUGACCUUCUUUUUUUAUCAAGCUCAGUGCAAAACAGUUUCAUGACCUUCUGUUUGAUCAAGAUCAGUGCAAAGCCAUGACCUUUUGUUUGAUCAAAGUCAGUGCAGGCAAUUAUCAUGACCUUUCUGAUUGGUCAAGGUCAGUGUUAGUCAAUGACAUGACCUUCUGUUUUAUCAAAUCAAUGCAAAACCAAUGUUGUGACCUUCUUUUUUAUCAAGGUCAGUGCAAAACAGAGUCAUGACCUUCUUGUUAAUCAAGGUCUGGGCAAAACAAUGCCAUGACCUUUUUUAUCAAGGUCAGUGCAAACUAUUGUGAUGAAGUUCAGUCUGAUCGAUCUUAGUGCAAACAUUGUCAUGACAUUUAGUUGGAUCAUUGUCAGUGUUGACAUAUUCAAGACCUUUAUUUAGUUAAUGGUCAUAGAUAUCAACAAUAAAACCUAACUAGUACUUAUGAGUGCUGACUACAAGGGAAAGAGAAGAAGGCAAUGAUAAAGUUACUAGGACACAUAAGUUCAGAAACUGUGAGCAACAAAGUUCAGCAAAAAUUACUCAAUUUUAUAUUCUCAUGGUUUUGAAUUAAGCUCUUUACAUUUGGUCAACAUAUGAUUUUUCAACUGCCUGAUAUUGAUAUCUCCAGAAUUCUGUAACAUUGCUUGGAUCAUCUGAGAACACAGUAGGUCCCAGUGUUGCUUGAUCUGAAAACAGUAGGUCCCAGUGUUGCUUAAUCUGAAACAGUAGGUUCCAAUGCUGAUUGAUCAGAACACAGUAGGGAUCAAUUUUGCAAUGAUCUUCUUAGAACAUAAUAGGGUACAACAUUGCUUGGAUCUUCUCAGAACACAGUAGGGGCCAAUGUUGCUAGGAUCUUCUCAGAACACAAUAUGAAAAUGAAAAUACUUUGCUUGGAUCUUCUCAGAACACAGUAGGGGCCAAUGUUGGCUGGAUCUUCUCAAUACAGUAUGAACCAAUGUUGCUUGGAGUCUCUUUCUAAUUUACUCUUCAAAGAUGAAGGAGAAAUAUCAAAAUUUUGCAGCUGUAUUGGGUUUCCACUCUGCUGAGCCACUGGCACAGCCGAGCAUAGGAAAUCUUGCCGUGUCCCCUGUGGCAUAUCUUCACUAUAAUCUUUUCAGUACCAGCCUGGAACAAACCUAGAGUGGAAGUAGUUGCUACCAUUCAUAACGUACCUGGUGGAAUACCUUUGGAUUUUCUCAAGAUUGUGAUCCCAGAUGCUGUUAGCUUGGAGCUGGAUGAUAAAAACUGCAAGUUUACCCAAGAGGGCAGGUACGUUGAUAUUAACUUCUAUUUGGCUGUCUUACCUAACUUAAGUUACCAUUAAUUCAUAUUUUGUUUGGGUUGUUAUUUUCUUACGGAAGGGAGGGUGGGUUUCUGAUUCUAUCUGGCUACAGAUCUGAAUGUGGGCUGAUCAAUUUGGCUUCCACUAAAUGAAUAGGACAUAUUUAGCACACAUAGUUUCUGUGAGGUCACAUGGUUUCUGUGUGGUCACAUUGUAUCAUUGUGGUCUUGUGGUUUCUGUGUGGUCACAUGGUAUCUUCCUAUCCAUCAUACAUGACCUUCAAUGCACCGAUGACUUCAGUUAUCAUCCGGUGCACAUAGAGAAUUUUGGAUCAGUGAGAUGUUGUUGAAUUCUUAACGAGUCCAUAUUGAAAGGGAUUAGAUAAUGGUGAUAGAGAUGUGGAAAACAUGCAGAUGAGUUUUUAAAAUUACAAAGUGGAAAACCUAGGACUGCAAGUGAUCAUCUUGCUCAAGCUUACGCCCAAUAUUGAUGGGAAGUAACCACACUGUUAAAAUUAUCGAUUUCUAAGAAGAUUUUUGGUGUUCUUCAAUUCUGCGCAGUUUGUGUCUGAUGUUUACAGUACAUGCUGUCUGAUGAAAUGAAAGAUCAGAUGUUACACGCUGUCUGAUGAAAUGAAAGUUGGGAUGUUUACAGUACAUGCUGUCUGAUGAAAUGAAAGCUGAGAAGUUUACAGAACAUGCAGUCUGAUGAAAUGAAAGCUGAGAAGUUUACAGUACAUGAAAGCUGAGAAGUUUACAGUACAUGCUGUCUGAUAAAAUGAAAGCUGAGAUGUUUACAGUACAUUGUCUGGUGAAAUGAAAGCUGAGAUGUUUACAGUACAUUUUGUCUGAUGAAAAGAAAGCUGAGAUGUUUACAGUACAUUUUGUCUGAUCAAAUGAAAGCUGAGAUGUUUACAGUACAUUUUGUCUGAUGACAUGAAAGCUGAGAUGUUUACAGUACAUUUUGUCUGAUGAAAUGAAAGCUGAGAAGUUUACAGUACAUGCUGUCUGAUGAAAUGAAAGCUGAGAAGUUUACAGUACAUGCUGUCUGAUGAAAUGAAAGCUGAGAAGUUUACAGUACAUGCAGUCUGAUGAAAUGAAAGCUGAGAAGUUUAUAGUACAUGCUGUCUGAUGAAAUGAAAGCUGAGAAGUUUACAGUACAUGCUGUCUGAUGAAAUGAAAGCUGGGAUGGUUACAGUACAUGCUGUCUGAUGAAGUGAAAGCUGGGAUGGUUACAGUACAUGCUGUCUGAUGAAAUGAAAGCUGAGAAGUUUACAGUACAUGCUGUCUGAUGAAAUGAAAGCUGGGAUGGUUACAGUACAUGCUGUCUGAUGAAAUGAAAGCUGAGAUGGUUACAGUACAUGCUGUCUGAUGAAAUGAAAGCUGGGAUGGUUACACUACAUGCUGUCUGAUGAAAUGAAAGCUGGGAUGGUUACAGUACAUGCAGUAUGAUGAAAUGAAAGCUGGGAUGGUUACAGUACAUGCUGUCUGAUGAAAUGAAAGCUGGGAUGGUUACACUACAUGCUGUCUGAUGAAAUGAAAGCUGAGAUGGUUACAGUACAUGCUGUCUGAUGAAAUGAAAGCUGGGAUGGUUACAGUACAUGCUGUCUGAUGAAAUGAAAGCUGGGAUGGUUACAGUACAUGCAGUCUGAUGAAAUGAAAACUACAAGAUUUUUCUUUUCUUGUGAACUUCUGAAUAUUAAAAAAACGCAGGGGAUGAUUUUUUAGUUAUGAUCAUUAUAGUUGAUGAAACUUGGGUCCUUCUUUAAAAGGUAGAGAUCUGAAGGAAGUCCUUAGACAAGGGCCAUGAGACAACCAACCUCCAACAAAACUCAAGAAAAACUCAGGCCUUCCAUUCACUGUUGUUUUCUUAACACUUGAUAAUGGAACAUUUUAAUUGAAAUUCAAUAUACUCAAACUAUCACAGCAUAAAGAAGAAGAAUCAAAUGUGUUGUAAGAAGAACUUAAAAAAUUCAACAUUACAGUGUGAGGCCUCACCCAAGUGCAGCAAUAUGUGAUACUUCAUAUUUCAUGACAUAUCAAUGCCUGGACUUGUCAAUGCCUGGACUUGUCAUGGCCUGGACUUGUCAUGGCCUGGACUUUUCAUUGCUUGUACUUAUCAAUGCCAGGACUAAUCAUCAACUGGACUUUUCAUUGCUUGGGCUUAUCAAUGUCUGUGUUUUUCAACACCUGGAACUCUCAUCACCUGAACUUUCAGCACCUUUAGGUAUGUUGCAUAAACAUUCAUCACUAUGAUUUUCAAUGCCUGGACUUUUCAUCACCUUCUCAUCAUCCCUGGGCUUUUGUCAGCUCCGACAUCCACCUUUUCAAAACAUUCUACACAUGAUUUCAAGGCCAAAGGAACACUUUAAAUUGCCAGUGUUUGAGCUGCGAUGACGUUGUGCAGUUUGUAGUCAGAAUAUGGUUUCAUAGACGAAAUCUCAAUUAUUUAUGGAUAGAUAUAAAAAUUGUUCAAUGUUGACAUAAGUGCUUUUUCACAAAGAACUCUUUUUGUUUUGGGGGGGGGGGGGGGGGGGGGGGAGACUUUUAUUUUUUAUGUGGAGACAAAACUUAUCAGCCCCCACACAACAAUAGGGUUACAUUGCUACCUGGGAUUGAACAUAUGGUUGGAUGGUGCUUUUAGUAUAUAAAUUUAGAGUACACAAAUUCAAGUUACCUGGGGUUGAAGAUGGGCCUCAAUGGUCAUUUCUUUUUUUGUGCAAAACAUUUGAUAUAACUGCCAGGGUUUGGAGAUGUGAUGGAAUGGUGAUCUGAUGGUGAUGGAAUGGUGAUCUGAUGAACCAUCUCUACUUCAUCCCAGCUGGAAACAUUUUAAUUCAAUAAAGUGCUUCCUAUAAAAAUCCAUUAAAAGAUUUGUGAAAUUUGAAGUUGUGAGCGUCAAGAAAGCAGUUUUGUUUUGGUAUAACUUGGUUAAUGCACCAGUGACAGGAGAACUCAAGCUUAUCAUUUCUAAUGAUAAAGUCAAUCAGUGGAUGGGUAAUAAGUCACUGGCUGGUUUGUUUUUAUAAUGCGUCGAACUACUUAAAUAAUCUGACGGACGAUGUCAAUGCUGAGCCUGGUAAUACAGUUGUUAUAAAAGGUAGUGCUGGACACAAUGAAAUGAUGGAAUCUGUGCCACACAGCUAGUGGGUCAACUAUGAAGUGGAGUGGUGUCGGCUGUACGAGAACUUGCCUGACACUCGUUUCUACUAGAUCUUGUGAUGCUUCAACUUUUACAACUUUCUUAUUUUGUCAUGUGGAGAGCAUAAAGCUAUGCUAAGAUUAGAGAUCUUCUUAAGAUCAAAUACUUUACAUUGGUAAACAUACAAACAAAACUGUAGGAUGAAUCAAAUUUCAGUCGAGUGCCAUACAUCCCACUAUUUAUGUUAUAUGUGAUAUUUACCUAAAUAUGGUGUAGUCUUGAAAUUUAGGUUUUUAUGUUUGACUUAAAUUAAAUAGAUUGUUGUAGUUGAUUUGAAUUAAGAAACUUUGCAUUGCUUCCUGAAACUCAAGUGACAGAAGACAUCAUUGACUUUGGUUCAAAUAAUAACAGACAUUGAUUGAAUUUGCUACCGGUACCUCUAGCUUAAGUAAAGAAUGUAUUGAUGGCAUUUACUUUAAGUAGCUCAAAUGUUGACCUCCAGUUAGACUGACGUGACCAAAGAUUUUAACACUGUAUGCAGAGGAUAGCUGGAUAUGGAUGUUUCUAUUCAUUAUGCAGCAAUUCCAAGCUACUCCUGGUUAGAGUUUGUGACAGCGGAGAUAUCUGUACGAGUCCAAGCCGAUCCAGGUUAGAGUUUGUGACAGCAGAGACAUCUGUACAAGACCAAGCUAAUCCAGGUUAGACUUUGUGACAGCGGAGACAUCUGUACAAGACCAAGCUAAUCCAGGUUAGACUUUGUGACAGCGGAGACAUCUGUACAAGACCAAGCUACUCCAGGUUAGACUUUGUGACAGCGGAGACAUCUGUACAAGUCCAAGCUACUCCAGGUUAGACUUUGUGACAGCGGAGACAUAUGUACAAGACCAAGCUAAUCCAGGUUAGAGUUUGUGACAGCGGAGACAUCUGUACAAGACCAAGCUAAUCCAGGUUAGACUUUGUGACAGCGGAGACAUCUGUACAAGUCCAAGCUACUCCAGGUUAGAGUUUGUGACAGCGGAGACAUCUGUACAAGACCAAGCUACUCCAGGUUAGACUUUGUGACAGCGGAGACAUCUGUACAAGUCCAAGCUAAUCCAGGUUAGACUUUGUGACAGCGGAGACAUCUGUACAAGUCCAAGCUAAUCCAGGUUAGACUUUGUGACAGCGGAGACAUCUGUACAAGUCCAAGCUACUCCAGGUUAGACUUUGUGACAGCGGAGACAUCUGAACAAUUGCCCGUAACAAACAGCAUCAAGCAAUGUUGUGUCCUUCAUUAUUCAGCCUCAUGUUUUUUGCCAUGGUGCCUAAUUACUAAUACUUUCAGAGAAGGAGACAUUGGAAUUGACAUCAGAUAACAAACUGAUGGUUACCUGUGUAAGCUCAAGAUGCUGCAUGCAAAAUGCAAGGGUAUGACUAACGUCAAGACCUCCUGAUGUCAAAGACUGUGUUUAGUGUUGGAUCUGUAGCUGAUGUGCAACACUUCUGAACAUUUAUUCUCAACCUGCACAGGCUAUGACUCCUUAAGAAUACUCCUUAAGAAUAAUGUCCUAUAUCAUCCAACUCCUGAAAGUAUAAGGCCCUGUAUCAUCCAACUCCUGGAAGUAUAAGGUCCUGCAUCAUCCAGCUCCUGGAGAGUCAUAUGUGGAGUCUAGCUUCAUUGUCAGUGGCCAGAUACUCAAAUUGAUAAACAGGACUCUGUCACAAAGCAUCACCAUUGACAACAACGAGUUGAACUUCUACAUUCCCAGACUGUCCAACAAUGUGUGAGCCAGGAAAGGCAUCUUCAUCUAGACUAAACUAAUGUCGAAAAAAAAUCAGUUGACCCCCCUAAACUAUGGUAUGCUUGUGAAAUGUGGAUACUCUACCCAUGUCGUACACAGAUGUUGAGCCACUCUCACUCCACUCUUAUGAAUAGAAACAUUGGUUGACUUUGUGUCAGGUAACUCCAAUAUUAUGUGCUAUCCUAUAAGAAUAUAGAAAUAAGCUCUGACAAUAAUUGCUAACACAUGUUUUCUCCUCCCUUUAGACGCCUUCUGGUUGGUUUUAAUGGUAAGAAUGGAAGUGACCGUGUCUUCAAACUCUUGAGUCAGAUUUAUCUCAACAAUGAAUAUGUCAUCCACACCAAUACCACUACAUUCGCUGACAGGAUCCCUGAAGUCAAAGGUCAGUCAAAGUUUGAGUACUGUGCGUGAUUGUAAGAUGGUUUGGUUGCUGUGGGUUGUUCCACAUGUGGAAUGCUGUAAGACUGGUUGCUUUGGGUGGCUGUAAGAUUGUUUGGUUGCUGUGGGUGGGUCCACAUGUGGAAUGCUGUAAGACUGGUUGCUUUGAGUGGCUGUAAGAUUGUUUGGUUGCUAUAGGUGGGACCAUAUGUGGGUGGCUGUUAAAUUGUUUGGUUUCUGCGGGUGGGUGUAAGAUUGAUUAGUUUUUGUGGGUGGGUUCACAUGUGGGUGGCUUUGAGAUUGUGUGGUUGCUGUGGGUGGGUCCGCAUGUGGGUGGCUGUAAAACAGUUUGGCUGCUGUGGGUGAGUCCACAUGUGGGUGGCUGUAAGAUCAAAGUUUGAUUGCCUUUGCGCAAAAAAUAUUUUGAUUGAGAUUUGUUGAUUCAAAAUGCAGCUUGACAUCUGGUCCCCAUUUGUUAGGCACUGCUAUCUAUAUGGAGAAAUUAAUAUCUUAUUUAAUGAAAUCGCCCUAAAACAGUGCAUAAAAAAGACAAUACCAAAUGAUAAAAACAAUAGCAGAGAAAUACGAUACUCGAAACAGGGCAAAUUACAAUCAAUAAGUUUUAUUAAGUUAAUACUAAAGUAAAAAGUAAAAAAGAAAUAUAAUUAAAAAUCAUUAACUUACAGAGUACUGUUUUGCUUGAACCAGUGCACAGUUGAUGAUAAUACAAUGUGUCAAAAAGGUUUAACGAUGAAUAGGGUUUCACACAUAUAAGUAAACACAGCUCUAUCAAGAAUAACAUACUCUAAAAAUAACUCUUGUCUGUCGUCCCGUAAAGUAAAAUAUCUAGUGAUUAAUGAAUGCUCUCCCAAAAAUCUAUCAUGUCCGCUUUUUAUAGUUUGUUCUACUGAUGCAUCUAGAACUGCCUUACGCAUUGUUUUCCUUUCCAGUUUACUCUAGAUUCUUCGACGAAAUUCUAAUAGAACAGACUAUUAAUUUCAUUUAGGUCAAGAGACUAUUUUUAGCUAGCCGCACCUUAAAUGCGGAUUUGAGCUUGCUUGUUGUCUGCUGGAGAUCACAGCAUGGGGAAGUACGACGUAAUCACGUCGUCUACAUAACACCAUCAAAGAACUUAAACAAAACCAAGGAAACUAAUGUUACAACAACUUUUGACAAGAACUUUUCAAGUUGUGUUACAAUUUAUUUAAAUAACUAAUAAGUCAUUUCUUUAUCAUGUAUGGCAUUUCAAGGAUAGCUAAAAGCUAUUGUGGUUCUGAAACUUUUAGAAGUUUUACGAUGCAGUGUGAUAACAAAUUAGUGAGGAGAGUUAAUAUAACCCCCCAAAAAAGGAGGGGGGGGGGAGGGUUCAAAUUUUAUUACCCAUUUACAUUGAGAUAAAAUGUAAAUAUUGUAGAGUUACAAGAAGCAAGAAAAAAGUGGCAGACGGAGACUGACCUCUUGUUCCCAGCUAGCAAUGUCAAGGACAAGGAAAUAACUGCCCAGGCCAGGGACAUAAAUGUUGGAAAGAAUAAUGUAAGUGUGAUUGAUAAGUCAUUACUCUUGUUAAUAAAACCCCAGAACUGUCAUUAUCACCUGUCAUCAUGAUAUAGUUCAUGCCUCAACUAUCAAUCAUCAUAUUGUUACGCACUGACUUGUAUUGGGAGAAAUUAAUCUCCUAUUUUAAUUUUAAUUUGGCUCGAUGUAAACAGUGCCUAACAAAGGACGAUACCAUAGAAUCAACAAUUAUUAAAGAUACGACCCAAAAAUACAAAAUAAAAUAAAAUAAAAUUACAAUCUUCAACUUACAGUAUGGCAGAUGUCGUACCGGUACACACUUAAUACAAUUAGAAAUAAUGAUGCCAAUAAAUAAUGCGGAAUAAACACAUAUAAGUAGGAGCACACAAACACGCCUCGUAAUGUUAAGAAAAUCUAUGUGAAAAAUCUCCGUCCCCUCGUGCCUGUCAAUCUCUUAUAUAUAUAUGUAGAGUAAGAUGCUUCGAGAAGGGCUUAUGACGUGUUGUUUACAUCUCUCGGGUUAAGGAGUAUAUUCCAGAAAUUACCCGAAAACAAUCUACCCAAUGCGUAAUUGGAAGCCGACUGUAAACAAGCCACUUCAAAGACCUAAGCCACACCCCUUUGUGAACACAGCGUCUCAUGCGGGGUCAAUCAGAGGGCACGCACGAGAAAAACAAGCUCUCUAUAACAAUAUAUAAUUCUCACUUGAACUGACUUUUUCUUUUUACAUUUCAACCUCCACCUUGCAAUAGGAUUUCUAUGCUUGUUUGAAAACUGUAUCUCUUUUAUUGUGCUUUAUUUGGUCCAUCCCAUGUUUGCAUGACUUGUACACAUGGUUUUGUAGUUUUCUGUAAGUUUAGUAGCUCUAUGGCAUCACUUAUUGGAUUGGAUGACUUGUUCUUUCAAUAAAUGAAAGAUAAGAAACUUGAACUCAUAAACGGGGUAAACGAUUUUGACGUUUUUGUUGCUGGAAUUAGGAUUACAGGAUUCCGGCCACAAAAAUGAAAUCUCUUAGGUUUUUUGAUAGUGAACUGAUACUUGUUUUACUUCUUUUUGUCUUGUUUUCUGAUGAAGGCUCUAAGCCGAAACGUCAAAAUCUUUUGUCCAGUUCAUGAAUGCAAGUUUAGCUUACCUUGUUCUUAUAUUUCAUUUACACAACUUGAAUGCAGUUUAUCAAUUAUAUUCUUUCAAUAAGUCGAGUGCUUUUUUUCUGUAAUGUCAAAGAUUUGUUUGCUAUGUAGUAUUAUUAUAUUGCUUCACAAGAGACACAUAUUUUAUUUUUGCUAGUCUGAGUUUAUAUUUGUGUUUGAAAUACCUUAUAAUAUGUUUUGAAUGUCAAAUAGGACGUAUCAGAGAGGGAUACUGUGGUGAUUAUGGAAUCAGAUCAUGUUGAACAGGAGAUGUCACUUUCAGGUAAAUCAUGUGGAUGUCAUGGACAUGACCUUUAGUUAGAUGACACUGGUUAAAUGAUAACAGAUUAGCACUCUGCCUUAUACUUAAAUAACACGCUUAUUCAAAUGAGUCAGAAGUUAUGAAGAUGUUUGUCAAGAGAAACGUGAAUCUGUUUAUUAGUCUUAUACAGUUGUAUCAAUAAUUCGAGACCCAAGCCUUGUACAUUAUUAAUCUACACAUCAUUGCCAAUAAAUUGAACUAACAAGCGUGCUCAGAUGAAUGUAGGAUCAAAGUGUUCAAACAUUUUUAAAAAGUUAUUAAUAUGCACCAUAGAACAACAACAUUUAAUAUGUCUUUUACCCAAAACUAUUUUUUUAAUGUUGAGUUCCUCUUGAUUUAUUUUAGAAUUACCAAAUGAGAACACAUCCGUGACUGUUGGUCAGUUUGACAGUGGCAUAGACACAAAUGUGAUGGAGGCCCUGUCAGACAUAUCAGAGACGUCCAACUUAGGGAAUGAAAGCCCUGACAAAAAGGUCAAACUUCAUGAGAUAGCAAGUCUUAAAGCCACCCUCAGGACGAUGGCAAAAAACAAACCACGCAAGACGGAGCCACAAGCCCACAAGCCGGGGAUCAAGAAAACUGG